AUGGAGAUGGAUAUGAAUGUUCAAGAGAAGAAAGCAGGGUUCUUUCAAAGGCUUAAGGAUUUCCCUAGCAAGCUCAAAGACGUUGUCACGAAACGCGUAAAGAAUGUGCUAAUGUUUGGGAAAGAUGAUCCUAGACGUAUCAUCCACUCCAUGAAAGUGGGGGUUGCUCUCACAUUAGUAUCAUUGCUGUACUAUGUGCGACCACUCUAUCUCAGCUUCGGGGUUUCGGGUAUGUGGGCUAUACUAACUGUCGUCGUAGUCUCCGAAUUCACUGUUGGUGGAACACUUUCCAAAGGUUUAAACAGAGGUUUUGCAACAUUAACAGCAGGAGCCUUAGGGGUUGGUGCGGUACACCUUGCUCGUUUCUUUGGACACCAAGGAGAGCCCAUAAUUCUUGGAAUCUUAGUGUUCUCACUAGGCGCAGCUGCAACAUUUUCGCGCUUCUUCCCAAAGAUUAAACAGAGAUAUGACUACGGGGCCUUGAUAUUCGUACUCACAUUUAGUAUGGUUGCCAUUUCGGGUUACCGUACAGAUGAGAUAUUAGUUAUGGCAUAUCAGAGGCUAUCGACGAUUCUUAUAGGUGGAACGGUAUGCAUCCUUGUCUCGAUCUUCGUUUGUCCUGUAUGGGCUGGCGAAGAUCUUCACAAGAUGGUUGCUAACAACAUUAACAAACUUGCUAAUUCCUUAGAAGGUUUCGAGGGUGAAUAUUUUCCACUACCGGAGAAGAUUUCGAAUGAGACAAACUCGUGUGUUCGAGAAUACAAGAGCAUUUUAACAUCAAAAGGCAUUGAAGAUACUUUGGCGAAUCUUGCGAGAUGGGAACCAGGGCAUGGUCGUUUCAGGCUAAGGCAUCCGUGGAAAAAGUACUUGAAAAUUGCAGGACUCGUUCGCCAAUGUGCCUUCCAUUUCGAAAUCCUCAACGGCUACGUUCUUUCUAAUUAUAAGGCACCAGAAGAAUUCCAAAAUAAGAUUCAAGAGCCAAUCGCAACUAUGAGCAGAGAAGCUGGUGAAGCCCUAAAAGCCAUAGCCAAAUCUAUUAAAACGAUGAGCAAAGACACUGCUCGUGUGAACGCACACAUUGACAACUCCAAAACUGCCGUUGGAAACCUAAGGAUUGCACUCAAAUCUUCUUAUCCGGAGACAGACAAAGAUCUUUUGGAGAUCAUUCCCGGAGUCACCAUGGCAUCAAUCCUGAUCGAGGUGGUGAACUGCGUCGAGAAGAUCUCUGAGGCUGUGGAAGAACUCUCCGGUCUUGCACACUUCAAAGAGACUUUGGAUCCAAAAAUAUUAUCAGCGGAGAUAGGACAACAUCAGUUACUUCACAGGGGAACCGUUAAGCCGGUUCUAGAUGGUGACAACGGGGAAGAAGACACUGAUAGCUCUCCUCAUGUUCUUAUCAAUGUCCAUGAUGAGCAGCCACCAGCGACCACCGGGAAGAACAGUUUGGGAGUAGAGAAAAAUAUCGUGUAA